GCUUCUCUACUCGAAAAGCUCUGUAAUUUCUAAAACUAGGGUUUCGUUUUCUUCCUAAGCUCUGUAAUUUCGCUCUGUAAUAUUGAAAACUAGGGUUUCGUUUUUCUUCAACAAUGGUGAAAAGAGGAGGGACGAAGAGAAAGGCUGUGCUAAAGAAGAUUGACGAUAAGAACUCAAAGGCUGUAACUUUCAGUAAACGUAGAGAAGGUCUCUACAGCAAAGCCGCACAGCUCUGUGUAAUGGGCGAGGCUCAGAUCGCGAUCUUAGCGACUCCUUCUUCUUCCAACUCCAACGUCCCUUUCUUCUCCUUCGGACACUCUUCGGUUGAUUCGUUGGUCUCUGCGUAUCUCUCCGGUCAAAGGCCAGUUCGUGUCCCUGAAGAAAGCAAAGAGAUGAGGGAGGACAUAGGAAUAUGCAUGGCUCGGAAGGAACUAGGGUUGGGCUAUUGGUGGAAGGAUGAGAAGUUAGCAAGAUCGAAUGAUCCUGAAGAAAUAAUGCAAGCGAUGGAGUCCAUGGAGAUACUGAUGAGGGAUGCUGAGCGGUUGCUUGAUGAGGACGCCUUUGGUUUUAGUCAAAGAAAAGGUUCGCUUGUUGUUCCCCACCACCACGGAACUGGUAAAACCCUAAUCGAAGUUGAUGAUGAUGAUUUACUUCCUCAAACCCUAAUCACUUCAGAGGAUGAUCAGAUCAUCUCUGUUUGUGACCGUUUCUUCAACGACAAAGACAAGAACACUGCUUUAUCAGCAACUCAUUCUGAGGUAAAUUCUGAAGAGUGGAGCGAUAUGGAUAUUGAUCAAAUCCUCAACGGUUUUGAAGAAGAAGAAGAAGAUGAUCAUCAUCAUCAGAUUGAGGCGGUUUCUGAAAACUCUUGCAGCAACAAGAACAACAAUGCUCUGUUAUUACCAGGUGAUGAUCAAAACCUGCUUGAUCUUGAUUUAGCUAAUGUUGAUUUGGAUACAAUUUUUGGAGGUUUGGCCACCCUUGAUGCUGAGCUUGUGGCUUCUCUACUCAUGUGAUGAAUGAUUUACUAAGUACUGUCUGUUUAGUUCGUAUGUAGUAAUUUGAGAAGAGUCCUGUUUGAUCUUGGAUCAGUUUCUUUUUUUUUAACUCAGAAAAGAGAAAACUGAUGCAACUCAAACAGGUUCACUUCAGCUUCGGUAAUGAAUGAUAAGUGUUUGUAUUAUUCUUUAGUUCAAUAUGUGUCCUUUUUGUAGUCCAGAAUCAUAUGAUUCUUUCUUUAAUGAUAAGAUUUUGAGUUUGUAUUACA